AUGCAAGCUGCUGCCCAGAAAGCCUGGGAGCUUGAAAAUGCCAUCACUGUAUUCGAUCCCCAACGAGAUACCCUCUACCAAUAUGAUGAAAACACCGAAAAAGCCCUCAACGCCGAGCGACCAUGGGCCACCGACCCAUACUAUUUCAAGCACGUCCGAAUCUCCGCAACAGCCCUAUUGAAGAUGGUGAUGCACGCCCGCUCAGGUGGCUCCCUGGAAAUCAUGGGCUUAAUGCAAGGCUACAUCCUACCGAAUACCUUUGUGGUAACAGAUGCAUUCCGACUCCCAGUCGAAGGCACCGAGACCCGAGUGAAUGCACAGGACGAGGCAAACGAAUACAUGGUGUCAUAUCUACAGUCGUGCCGAGAUGGAGGGCGAAUGGAAAAUGCUGUCGGAUGGUACCACAGUCAUCCCGGCUACGGGUGCUGGCUCUCUGGAAUUGACGUCGCCACCCAACAAACACAGCAAAUGACCGGGCCCUUUGUCGCCGUGGUCAUUGAUCCGGAUCGUACCAUCUCUGCGGGUCGUGUUGAGAUCGGCGCUUUCCGCACAUUCCCAUCAAACUUUACCCCGCAGAAGGAGGCCUACGAGGAUGACGAAUAUCAAACUAUCCCGCUCGGCAAGGCAGAGGACUUCGGUGCACAUGCCAAUCAGUACUAUUCCCUUGAUGUGAGUCACUUCAAGAGCACACUCGAUGCGCAAAUAUUGUCUCUACUGUGGAACAAGUACUGGGUUGCGACGCUCAGUCAAAGCCCGCUAUUCACUUCUCGCGAUUUCGGUAAUAAGCAGAUCAUGGAUCUCAGCGAAAAGGUCCGCAAAGCUCCACGUGGGAUGGAAAGCACCGGUCCUCGCGGCACAACCUCCAGCGCCAAAGACCAACAAUUGGAUAAGGUCGUCCGCGGGGGACAGCGGAUUGUUGCAGAGGAAGUGAAGGGUCUCGUCGCAUCCGAAACGAAGAUGAAGCUCUUCCACGGCAUUGGAAGCCAAACCCCGGAGUGA